AUGUCAGCAUUAAAUUUUGCUUUUAGAAGGUUUUGGAACAGUGAAACAGGCCCAAAGACAGUUCAUUUUUGGGCUCCAACUUUAAAAUGGUCCUUAGUGCUUGCUGGUCUAAGUGAUAUCAAAAGACCAGUGGAAAAAGUCUCUGGUGCUCAAAACCUUUCUUUAUUAGCUACCGCUUUGAUAUGGACGAGGUGGUCCUUUGUGAUCAAACCAAAAAAUUAUUUACUAGCUUCUGUGAACUUCUUCCUGGGCUGUACAGCAGGCUAUCAUAUCUCUAGAAUUAUCAACUAUAGGAUACGGAAUGGUGAUAAUGCUGGGGAUGUGGUAAGGUAUAUUUUCAACGGUGAAAAUUCAGUCAAACAGCCUUCGACGGCUGCAGUUUCUUCGGACAGUAAGAAAGUUGUUUUGCAUUCUGGUAAUGCAAACGAAUAUAAGCAUUAA